UUUACUCUAAUUUCAUAACCAGUUUCUUGUUUCAACUUUCAACUAUGAUAAACCCUAAUUUUCAAAUUCCUAAAUCGAUCUUGCCCCAAAAUUCUUCAAAACGGCCAGUGCGUUCACCACUUUCCUCUUCUUUGUCCCAAGCACUGCUUUUUAGUUUUUACCCUCAAUUUUCUGCUUCAUUUCUCGGGUAUGUUCAUUCUUCUUCUUGUGCUCCUUAAUCUCUUUUCUUCCUCCAAUUCCAUUUAUUCUACAAUAAUAUGAAGCAUAGUAUCGUUUCACAAUUUCCUUUCUCAAACACACUGUUGCUAUUCUUUAAUUUCUAUUAAUUAGUUCAGUGUGCACAGGAGCCUGAGCACACUACACAUUGGAUAUUACCCUUUUAUAUUCUAUUCGAUAGUUAGUUUCAGUUAUGUUAGUUGUUACAUAGUUUUUUAGUUAGUCAUUGCGGAUGCAGGAAAUGCGGGUUGCGGCUGUUGCGAUGUGAUUUUUUUUCAUUUGCACUGUGUGUUAAAAAAUCAGUAAUUAUUGUAAUUAUUUAUAUGUAAAUUGUUAUACAUAUUUAUCUAAUUUUAAAGACCUUUUGUAUCAUUGUAAUUGAUAAUUUAAAAGUUAAUACUUCUCAAAUCAAACUAAUUUACAAUAAAAUAAAUUUUGUAACAAAACAAAUACAUUAAAUUAUCACCAAUAUGUAUCAUUCACGGUUCACCCAUCACACAAUCACAAUUCACAACACAUUCAUUGAUUAAUUUUUCUAAUUUACUCACAGUCUCACUAAUGAUAUGUCUCACAAUUCUCAAAUCAAAAGAUUUCAAAAAAAAAAAAAAAGAGACAGACUAGUAAGUUACCUAAAGUCCCACUCAAAAUGUCCCACCUAAAACCAUUUCCUAAUAUUUUCCUCUCCUUAUUUCAUUACCUAUCAUUCCCACCGACCCAAAAGAAAACAAAGUGUGUUUGAACUCGAAGCAAAGGAUGAUGAAGCAUAUCAGCAGCAAGAUGAUAGUUGAUGAUAAAGCAAAUAACAGAUCAAUGAUAGCUUAACCAAGUUUUGAGGUUUGGAAGUUUGGAAGCAAGCUUGAUCCAGAAGAAAAUGAAUUGAUGAUUUGUGGUGAUUUGUGAGGAUGCCUUUUCUUUUUCGUCUUUUUGGGUCUAGUAGAAGGAUGUGUUGCUCCGUCGUUUCCUGGCGUUCCAUUGCCAGCGUUCUUUGGCUUUGUUUGGCUUUCUCCCUUGUUCGCGUGUGAACACUGGGUUCUGUUUCUUGGUCCCUUUUUUCUUGUCCCUUUGUACUAUAUCUCAAGGUUGAAAUAUCCCUUAUAUUUCUCUAAUACAAUUUUGAUUUAUCUAAUUUUUUUUUGAUGAAUUGAUGUUUUGAAAGAUGAUGUUCUUCAAGAAAUUGAAAUAUUUGUACCCUUGUUAAAGUUGGUUUUGUUUCUUAUAUCUUGGUAAUGUAUUCAUGAGACCUGCAACUUUUUGGGUCUGGCUGUUUGGUGGCUUGUUUUGCGCCCCAUGGCUAGCUAGGAAUUGUUGUCAAGUUUUAUAUGCCAUCUUUCAUGCUAUCUUCGUCUCAUGCUGGAGGGAGCUUUAGGGUUUUGCUGUUGUUGUGUUUUUCUUUUCCAUUAAUUGUUUUCCAUUAAUAGUAUAUAAAAUUGAAGUAUUUGGGGUACUUCACCCCAUGGGGAAGGCUGAGCUCAUAACUUGAUCUUUGUUAUUGGAAAAGGCUGAGCUUUGUUACUGGAGAAGGCUGAGCUCAUAACUUGUUGAGUGGGAAAUGCUUUUGAUGUGCUUUUCAUGCUGAGAGAAUAGAUUUCUACUUGAAUUCAGCGAAGUUAAAACUCAUAUUUUUGAAAGUAUGGAGUAGGUAGUUUGCUAAAAAAUACUACUCCCUCCGGUCCUUUUUAUAAGUAACACUUUGACAAUUUUUUUUGGGUCCUUUUUAUAAGAAACACUCUUAUAAAAUUAAGUCAAAUAAUUCAUUUCAAUGCAAAGAGACCUAUUCCCCAUGCAAAAAUUUGGAUGGAAAUUGCAAGCACCCAAUAGGUAUUGUCAACAUUUGUGGUAAUUAGCAUGGUUGUUCUUGUGAAAAGGAAAAGACAUCAUUGGAAUUAAGCAUAAUAGUUUAUUUUUAUAAAAAAUAUUAAUUUCCUUGGUUUGUGUGAUUUUGUCAAAAUUUUCUGAUAAAAAGGACCAGAGGGAGUAUAAAAGAUCAAUGAAUGGUGUGGUUUGGUCUAGAGUCCAAGGCUUGCUUGUAUUUAGGGUAGUUUAGAAAAAAAAAAUUGAGGUUAAAAUUGUGAACUGAAAGUUAGGUAUAUAACGAUUUCAUAUACCAUAUUCCACUUCUUUAAUAUGCAUGUUUUUGUUUGUAUUUAGGAAUGGCACCAUCAAGCCAUGUCGCCGACUCAACGGCUGGAAAUUCUUCAACCGCCACUGGAAGUCAACAACAAGGAGAUUGUUCGACGACAAAAAAAGUUGGAAGAGGAAAAAAUCACGGGCAUAAGUGUUUCGAAAAGAAAAGAGAAGUCUGCAACUGGAAAAUUGCAUGUUAUUCCACCUGGUAAGAUGGUGGUUGUAGGACCAAAAGCUCCAGAUUUUGUUAUUGAAAUAUCUAUGCAAGUCCAAAAGAGAGCUCCUUUUAAUGUCAAGAAAUGGAAAAAAGUUCCUGAUCUGGAAAAAGAUGAUAUAGUAUCAAGAGUUUAUAAUGCUUUUGACAUUGAUCAAACAGAUCAUAACAAAGCUGUCAUUCUUGCUACAGCAGAAAGACUCUACCGAAGCCAUAGAGGUAGACUUCAUCAACACUUUAAACAAUAUGAAACAAAUGAAAUUACGUUGAAACAUAAACCCGAUGAGUUAAGUGAGGGAGAUUGGGAGUACUUGGUAGAUUAUUUUUCAAGUUCUGGCUAUAAGGUAAGGGUUGAACAAGCUUCUAUGCGGAUGUUACAAGAAACAUAUGAGGACGCUGAGGAAGAUCCUAUUAUCAACAAGGCUUUUAAAUCAGUUGUAGGGGAACGUUCAGGGUAUUGUCGUGGUCUUGGUGCUGGAAUUCAACCUACAAAGGGAAAAUCUACUGCAGGUCUACAUGAACAAUUAGUGAGUGAACGAGAAAAGCGUCAGGGUAUAGAAAUGAAACUGAAAGAAGUUGAGUCUCAAUUUCAAGAGGAGCGUGACAUUUGAGAAGAAAUGGCUACACGCAUUGAAGAUAGCCAAAAGCAACCUGGAGAAAGGGAAAAACAAUUUGAAGAAAGUUUAGAAAAGCAACUUGAAGAAAGAAUGGAAAAAAAUUUGAGGAAAGGAUGACAACCUUCUUCUUUAGAAUGCCAUUGGCUGGACAAUAUUCACAGGGUUGAAACUACUAAAAACAUGGAUUGCACACAUUUUGGGAAUUGCUAUUGGAGUGAGUCAAAUUAAAAUGCUGGAGACUAUUAUAACAGUAGUGGGAUGGGAGCAUAUCUCUUGCAGGGACGGACCCACGUGUUGAGUGGGUGGGGCAUUUGACCCCACAUCCUUGAACAAAAUUCUUCCCAAUACUCUCUAUUUUAAUAUAAAAUAUUCAAUUGUUCCUACCAAAAACUAAAUGCCCCCAUAGCUACACUAUUUUACUUCCAAUGCCACUAAAAGUUAAAUCUCUUUUAAGUUCUUUCUCUGACUUCUUGCAUUUGACCCCACAUCUAUCCAACUUUACCAUUUCAUUUCCCAAAACCUCCAUUUCAUUUCCCAAAACCUCCAUACCCACGCGGCCACACAGCCACACAAGAAGAAGACGAAGCUGCAGGUCAUUUUCCUCUGUUCAAGUCAAAACGGUGUUGCUUUUGCUUCUGAAAUCCAUUUGUGAAUCUUCUAACUCUUGCUGACUUUAUCAAUGGAAAAGUUUUACAAAAGGAAGUCAACUUCAGAGUCAGAGCCUUCAUCUUCUCAACCUCAAGCACUUGAUAAAACUUUGGGUCCAUCCACAAAAAAAAAAAGAUUUUUAGAUUUUGAUUCAGUAAAUCUUCCUAAUGAUCCUGGUUUAAGGCCAAGAAUUUCAUGUUAUCACCCUAAUGAUAGAGAUGAAAUUAGAAGAUGCUAUCUACAAAAGGGUUCUUGUCAACCAAAAGAGAUUAGUUUUCCACAAAGAGAUUAGUGUAUUUGCUUUUGAAGUUGGCUUUGAUACUACCAGUGGCAACUGCAACAGUUGAAAGAGCUUUCUCUGCAAUGAAUAUUAUCAAGAAUCGGAUGCGAAAUCGCAUGGGGGAUGAGUGGUUGAAUGAUUGCUUAGUAACUUAUAUAGAGAGAGAAAUAUUUGAUAGUGUUGAGAAUGAAAGUAUUGUGCAAUGUUUUCAAAAUAUGAAAACUCGUAGAGAACAAUUAUGAUGUGUAUUCAGAAGUUUAAUAGUAAUAUGUUAUGUUUUUAAUGUUGUAAAUUUUUAUGUGUAUUUUGCCCCCACGACCUAUAAAUCCUGGAUCCGUCACUGAUCUCUUGUGUGCUAAGUCUAUUAAUUCAUUGUUGCUUAGUAGCACUUUAGGUAUUUGCUUGGGCACUUUCUUCAAUUCUAUGUAUUAAUUUUAUUUUGUAUAUAGGUUCUACCAUUGGUGAUAUUCUUAAAAUGGCUUAUAAAAAAAGUGCUUAGGCUUUUUUUUUAACAGGCAAAAGAAACAUAUAUUAAUAAUAGUAUAUGUUCUUUGUGCAGUUUCUCUGGUUUUUGGGUUGGCUAUUAAUAGUAGCACCAAUAGUACUAAACCAAUACAAGAUAGUCUCAAUUUUGUGUUAA